GUUUGAACAAACGGAUAAAAGAGAAACAGAAGAGUGAAAGCUAACGUCAAACCUUUCUAUUUAUACACACCACACACCUUCACUUGGACGAGGCAUCGUUGUUCUUGUUCGUUUAGAGACACACAGUGCCAAUCUCAGAGAGAACACAAAUGGAUGAAGCAGCAGGAGCUUCGGUUUACGCUGCCAUGGCAAGUUGGUUCACACCCUCGUAUCUAUUCGUCUUCAUCAACCUCGUCAUCGGCACCAUAGCUAUCACCACUCGUUUCGCCAACACCACAGAAAAGCAUCACCAACACCAACACCAACACCUCCACCGUUCUCCCUCCCUGCUAGAACGCAUCGCGUCCUUCAACUUCCGUUACCACAAGCACGAGCAAAUAUCAACAACGCCUCACGACGUUGUUGAUCCGGUCCAGAGUCUGGACUCGUCUCAACUCGAGCGGGUUCCGUCUUUGUUGGACCGGGUCAGGUCAUUUAGUCUCGACUUUACAAAAGUCGAGACUAAAGAACCUGUUGAGCCGGUCCAGAAUUCGGACUUGCUCCCACUCGAGCGGGCUCCAUCCUUGCUGGACCGGAUUAGGUCAUUCAAUCUGAACUUUACAGAAGCUCAGGUUGAAGAACAUGAUGAACCGGUCCAGCAGCAACUGAGCCGUACUUCGUCCCUGUUGGACUGUGUAAUGUCUUUCAACCUCGGCUUUAUAAAAACUGAGGUUGAAAAACCUGAUGAACCGGAGCCAGCUCAGCAACAACUGAGGCGAGCUCCGUCGAUCCUUCAGCGGAUUAAGUCUUUGACGUUUGAAAGAUCGGAGUCGGUGAAGGAUUCACAUGAGGCUGAGGAAAGGGAAGAAGAGGAAGGGGUGGACGCGAAGGCCGAUGAUUUCAUCAACAGGUUUAGGCAGCAACUGAGGUUGCAGAGGCUUGAUUCUAUUCUACGUUACAGGGAUACGCUCAAACGAAACUGAAGUUAGAACAAGAGAAGAAGAACCCUUUGGGUGAAAAUAUAUUAUUAUUUCAAAGAAUCAUUCCUUCGCCACCAGCUGCAUGAACACGAGAAUUCGGCUAGCUAGGCUGUUGUGUGUUUGUAAUAGUAUGGUGUUUUGCACGGCUUGGAAAACCGUUGCUAUUUCUUCUUCUUCUUCUUUUUCUUCCGGCAUGAGUAGUUUUGAACCGAUGAUAGUUCAUAAAGUACAAUUAGUUACAUUCACAUACUGAUUGGAAAAAGUUUUUGGUUUGCGUUACUUCCUUGCAGCAAGCAAAGGCAUAUGGUUACUUACGUUAAAUUAGGAAAAUUUUUAACUUCAGAAUGGGUGUUACGUUCGAGGAAAAAGUGAAAUGAGAUGUGAACAAUUUGUUUCGAAUAAUGAAUAUGCAUCACAAACGAAUAUGAACCACUCUUACUCCAUCUUGCGUUGA